AUGAACUCGCUCUUCAACUCUGCACUGCGGCAGUCCAACUCGAUUCGCAAAGACCUCGAUGCCUAUGCCGAAUCAGCGACCAGCUCCCCAGCUCUCCAAGGCCAACUCACCACCUCCCUCACCUCCUUCACCCGCACACUAGACGACUAUGCAAAAUCAGCCCAACAAGAACUCGUUCCCGAAAAGGCCUCCAAAGCUCAAGACCGCCUCACAAACUUCCGCGCCGAACUCCUCGACUAUCGCAGUCGGUUUGCGCUGCUGAAACAAGAGCAUGAAGAGACACUGCACCAGAACAAUCGUCAUGACUUGAUGGGUCACCGUCGUCCGCGUGGCGCAAACGCAACACCAGAGAACCCAUACGCAGAUGCCGCCAUGGCAAGCUCCGCGCGCGACGGCGGCGCAAACCCACUCUUCCGCACCCGCGACGGCUUCGUAAACACCCCCACCGCUGGCUCCUCCUCAAAUCCCUACUCCAGCUACCAAUCCCCCUACGCUCUCUCCACAGACUCUGGCGACCAGGCACGAGAAAACCACGCCUUGCGCGAGCAAAACUUCUUUACCUCUACCAACGCAACACUGGACGAGUAUUUGGAGCGAGGACGUGCAGUGUUGGGCGAUUUGGGGGAGCAGAGGGACAUUUUGAAGAAUACGCAGAGGAAGCUGUAUAGUGUUGCUAAUACACUCGGCAUCUCGGGAGAUACGAUUCGCAUGGUGGAGAGGAGGGCUAAGCAGGACAAGUGGAUUUUCUGGGCGGGCGUGGUUGUUUUUGUCGUGUUUGUUUAUCUUGUGCUCAAGUGGUUGCGGUGA